UCCCUGCGGCGUCUCAAGGGUGUGAUGCAAAGAUGUUGAAUGGGACCUGCCAGAUAUGUGACUUUCAAGAGACAAACCUUACAUAUCAGGACACAGAAAGGUUGAGAAAGGAUAGAGGAAAUCUGCCAAGCAAACACUAACUAGACAACGCUGAUGUCACUAACUUCAAAGAAAACUUGAAAGCAGGAAGAGCACAAGAAAGUCACUUCGUAACAAUGAGAGGGUCAGCUCAGCAGAUGAGCCUGCCAGGCGGCCCGAAUGCACCCAGUGCUGGAGCACAGAGUGGACAGAGCACACUGGGCAGCACACAGGUGCCUCAGACACAGGUGGGCAUUGGCAGCGCAUGUCCCUUGGCAGCUGAUAGAAAUUUAGUGGAGGUACAAAGGUUUGAGUGCAUGGUUAAACUACAUCUAACACACACCUAAAGUAUACCUGCAAGUGCAAUAUUUAUGUUCUUUUGAAGAAUACAGAGAAAAGUUCUCAAAAGAUCGUAUGUUCUGGACAUGGGAUUGAAAUAAUACAGAAGACGUGUUUUGACCACAGUGCAAUUAAGCUAGAAAUCAAUAAUAAAAAGGUAAUUAGAAAAUACCCAAAAGUUUGAAAAUCAAGUAUUAUACUUCUAAAAAGCUGUGGGUCAAAGAAGUCAAAUGGGAAUUAGAAACUAUUUUCCACAGAUAAUGGAAACCAGCAUUUAAAAGCUGUGGGAUUCAGUUAAAGCUAUUCUGAGACACAUUGGAAACGGAAAAGGCUGCAAACCAAUGUCCACAUACCUAUCUCAUUGGGGCAAAGGACAGUAAGAAAUGAGAAGGAACAAAAUAAUAGAAGAUAAUGUCAGAAAUCCAUAAAAUUGGAAGCUGUCAAGUUUAACAAAGCCAAAAGGAAUUAUUUAAAAACAUUCAUAGAAUUUAUAAGCCCUAAGAAGCUUGACUUAAGGGAAAAGAGAAAGCCAGACACAAAGACUCAACAGCAAGAAUGAAAAGGCCGUUACCACAAACACUGAGAGGGUAAAAGAUGGCACUGUGGACAACUCAUGUCCCUGAAGGCUUACACGAGUGAGCCGUGGGUUCAUCUGUUGGGGGUGCCGUGUGGUGGGAGAUGUGUGGGGAUGGCGGACUGGAGCUGUAGGUUGGGAGGAUGGGAUGGUAGCUAGAGAGUAAGGUGAUGGGAAGGUGGUGGUUUGGGUAAUGACCCUGAGUGAGUGGGAAGGACACCUGUGGGUGGAGCACCAGCUGGGAGGAGAGCAGAGCUCCUGCGAUGGGGUGCCCAGGAGCCUGGCGCCGGCAUUAACGUCCGGAAGGAAAGGAGACCAGCCCGGCAGUCGAAUAGGAGUCUGUGAGCCGAGGAAAACCAAGUGCAGGGUUUGGGCGCCCUGUGGGCAGCAGGGCGGCUGGCUUGUAGGCGACGGCAUGGUCCAGUCCCAUGGGACACAGGUCUGCGCUUCAAGGACAGCGGGCGGCACGAACAUGACACGCCCUUUCAGGCCACAGCACAGCGACAUCACAGAAAGGCAAUGCUGGUCCAAGCCCACGAAGUCGUGAAGUGCAGAGAAUUGCUUUCUGUGACAGUUCUAGGGACGGAGCCUGGCGUGGUUCUGUGUUGACUCGGGAAGCGUGGUUCAUGAUGCUCUCACGUUGGUCCGCGCGUGACUGCUAAAUGCCUCAGACAGACACUGACAGGACACGCAGCACGAAGUUGCUUCGGCUCAUUGACCUGGACUUUUCAUUCACAUUCUCUUUCUUGGAUCUGCCACCAGUAAAUGAAUAUGACAUGUACAUCAGGAACUUCGGGAGAAAAAACACCAAGCAGGCGUACGUCCAGUGCAAUGAAGGGAAUGUGGAGCGAGACAUCCAGACAGAGGAGAUGGAGACCAGGGAGGCGUGGACUCAGCACCCCGGGGAAGGCGCGGCCGUGUCGGGGGGGAGUGAGAGCAGGGAGCCCUCGGAUGCAGCGGCUGUGCCUAAGGUGGACACGCUGAGACUGUCCAGCUUCCUCCGGGCAGCCUGCCAGGUGGUUGCAGUUUUGCUGGAAGAGGACCGCGUGGCAGCUGCCCCCAGCCGGGACCCCGGGGCCCAGGACAGCACCCUGCCCGUCAGUGACAGCGCCUGGCAGCUGAACACCAGCCUGCCCUUCCUCCAGCAUCGCAACGUGUCCAGCUUGCACGCCUCUCCGGCGCGGAGGCAAGUGGUGUCCGUUCACGGGCUUCCUGACCAGGCCUGCGCGCCUCCGCUGGACCACAGGCACCUGCUCUGCGUGUGGGACAUCUGGCAGCCCUCGGGGCCGCAGAAGGUCCUGGUGUGUGAGUCACAGGUCACCUGUUGCUGCCUGAGCCCCUUCAAGGCCUUCCUGCUGUUUGCUGGGACCGUGCACGGCUCGGUCAUCGUGUGGGACCUGAGAGAAGACUCUCGGAUGCAUCGUUAUGUGAAGCUGAGCGACUGCUUUUGGACAUUCAGGACAGCAACGUUUUCCACUGAUGGCGUCCUCACCCCUGUGAACCACCGCAGCCCCCUGCAAGCCAUCGAGCCUGUCGCGGCGUCUGGCCACAAGAAACAGAGUUUUGUCCUCUCGCCCUUUUCUGCUCAGGAAGAAAUGUCGGGUUUCUCGUUCCACAUCGCUUCCUUGGACGAGAGUGGGGUUCUCAACGUGUGGGUGGUUGUUGAAUUACCAAAGGCAGAUCUUGCAGGUUCGAUAAGUGAUUUAGGGCUCAUCCCUGGAGGGAGGAUAAAGCUGGUGCACAGCUCUGUGACUCGGCUGAGCGACAGCCUUUCCCACAAAGGCGACGGACGCUGGGGAGCUGCACAAACACUGAAUGUUAAAUUUUUGCCUUCAGAUCCUAAUCACUUUAUUGUCGGCACCAACAUGGGUUUUGUAGGCCAUGGCUCCAGACAGGACCUGAGAGUAUUUCCCAGAUUCUUCAAACCCCAGCAGCACGGCGAGAGGCCGGUGAAGGUGACCGCCGUGGACUUCUCGCCCUUUGGAGAGCCGGCGUUCUUGGCUGGCUGCUGUGACGGGAGCAUCAGGCUCCACCAGCUGGCGUCUGAGCGGCCGGUGCUGCAGUGGGGCCUCAGCACCGCGGGCCGCGCCAUCACCGGCCUGCAGUGGUCCCCGACCCGGCCAGCGGUGUUUUUCGUCCAGGACGACACUUCCUGCAUCUACAUCUGGGACCUCCUGAAGAGCGACCUGGGUCCUGUAGCCAAGCAGCCCAUCUCUCCAGACAGGCUGGUGGCCAUGGCGGUCGUGGGCGAGCCAGAGAGGACCAGCGGCGGCUUCCUGGCCCUGGUGCUGGCCAGAGCCUCUGGCCACAUGGACGUCCAGUUCUUGAAGCGGAAGUGGGCGACCCCCGUGGCGGACGAGCAGAGGAGACUGCGGCUGCUUCUGCAGAAAGCGCUUUAGGGGGUGAGCAGCUGGCGUUGUGGGGGGACAGCACAUGGGGACCCGGAUGUGAAGGGCCAGUCCAAGAGGGGCCUGUCACCCAUGUGCGGGUGGAGUGUGCAGUAGAACACAUGUAUUCUGUACAUAAUUAAUUCAUUUUACAGGAUGUCACAGUUAUAUUCCCAGUCAAUAAAUUACUAUUUUUGAAUGGAAA